AUGGCCGCCCAGCUUGAUGGUGUUUUCGAGUCGGGACUGCAGAAGAAAAUCACCGAUUCGAAGGUGCUGGUUGUUGGUGCCGGUGGAAUUGGGUGUGAAGUAUUGAAAAAUCUUGUGCUAACAGGAUUCCAGGACAUUGAGAUCAUCGAUUUGGAUACGAUUGAUGUGAGCAACCUAAAUCGGCAAUUUUUGUUCCACAAGGAGCACGUCGGAAAAUCGAAGGCGAACGUAGCCCGCGAGAGUGCGCUCUCGUUUAAUCCGAAUACAAACAUCAAAGCGUACCAUGACAGUAUUACAACCAAUAAUUAUGGCGUAAAUUUUUUUAAACGUUUUUCGGUUGUACUGAGUGCACUGGAUAACCAUGCUGCCCGUAGUCAUGUGAAUCGUUUGUGCUUGACGGCGGACGUGCCGUUAAUAGAAUCAGGUACAGCCGGAUACAACGGUCAGGUGGAGCUGAUUAAGCGGGGUCUCACAUUAUGCUAUGAUUGUUCCCCGAAAGCAACUCAAAAAACCUUCCCAGGAUGUACGAUUAGAAACACGCCAUCAGAGCCAAUUCACUGCAUUGUAUGGGCCAAACACCUCUUCAACCAAUUGUUUGGAGAAAGUAAUGAAGAUGAAGACGUCUCACCUGAUACGGCCGAUCCGGAAGCGGGGGCCGAGGUUGGUCAGGCCGCGCUGGAGAAAGAUGCAAACGAAAAGGGUAACGUUGAUCGUGUGAAUACGCGCGCCUGGGCGAAGCAAUGUGAAUACGAUCCGGAAAAGAUUUUUAACAAACUUUUCUACGACGACAUCAAUUAUCUGCUGAGUAUGUCCAACCUGUGGCAGAACCGUAACCCACCAAAGCCCGUGAAGUAUGACACGGUGCAGGAAGACGCGACGGACAGUACCAUUAUCGAGGAUAGCGUCGUACGAGAUCAAAAAGUGCUCAGUGCGGUGGACACAGUGAAGUUGUUUGCUGCGAGUCUGAAAGCGUUGCAGACGACUUUUACUAAGCUACCGGAAGGGGAUCAUCUCGUUUGGGAUAAGGAUGAUAAGGACGCGAUGGAUUUUGUGGCCGCGUGUGCCAAUAUUCGUGCGCAAAUCUUUGACAUUCAAAGAAAGAGUCGUUUCGAGAUCAAAUCUAUGGCCGGAAACAUAAUACCGGCAAUUGCGACAACCAACGCUAUUACGGCCGGUGUUGUCGUAAUGCGCGCAUUCCGUUUGCUGCAGGAACAGUACGACAAGUGCAAGACGGUGUACGUUCGGUUAGUGGUCAAUGGAUGGAACCAGUUCAUCGUACCGGAAGUAAAUACCAUUCCACCGAACCCGAAAUGCUACGUCUGUGCCGCCAAACCGGAGGUCGUCCUGAAGCUCGACACUAAAAAGCUAACCGUGCGCGAGCUUCGUGACGACAUCCUGAUCAAGGCACUGAAUAUGGUCAGCCCAGAUGUCACGCUCGAUGGCAUGAAUUCGAUUGUAAUUUCUUCCGAAGAGGGAGAAACCGAUUGCAACAAUGACAAAACGCUGGAACAGAUGAAAAUUGUGGACGGGUGCAUUCUGAAGGUGGACGAUUUUCUGCAAAACUACGAGCUGAGCAUUACGGUGCUGCACAAGGAUCCGGGUCGCGAAGAGUUACCGUUCGAAGUCGUUGCCAAUCCUAAAUCGCUGAAACCGAAGGAGGAGACGGAAAGUGUGCCAUCGGCUCCGGCACUUGAUGAUGCGCAACCAUCCACAUCCAAAGGUUUGAAUGGGUCUGCGAAUGGUAAGAAAACGACCGUCAACCGGAUUGAAAAUGACGAUGAUGACUUUUGCGAAAUUGUGGAAGAGGAUAGUGUCAAUAAACCGUCCACGUCCAAGGCGGACACAACACCGAGCAAGAGCGUGGAGAAACGAAAGCAUGCUCCAGAAGAGGAUGAACCAGCACUCAAAAAGGCGAAAGUGUCCCCGCGCGAGCCACAAGCGACGGAAGACGAUGAUGACCUGAUCAUCAUGGAUUAA